ACUCUGGUCAGCGCUGGUCAGCCUUGGUCUGUGCUUGUCAGUGCUGGGCAGCCUGUGGGUGUCCGUGCCCGAGGCGAUGCGGUAUCCUGGGGGAAUCCUUUGGGAGCUGAAGCCCCUCCCGGCAGUAUCCCCGACCACCGCGGGCUCUGCGCCUUCCCGAGCCUUCAGGCCCCCGGCGCUCGCCGUAGCGGCUCCCGGGCGUAGGCGGGUCGGGCACGGGCGGGGUAAGAUGGCGGCGGGGGGCGCGGCGGAUGCCCAGGCGCGCUUCGGCCACUCGGUGAAAGGGCUCCUGACCGAGAAGGUGACGAGCUGCGGCACCGACGUGAUCGCUCUCACUAAGCAGGUGCUGAAGGGCUCCCGUAGCGCAGAGCUCCUGGGUCAAGCUGCGAGAAACAUGGUGAUGCAAGAAGAUGCCAUCUUGCACUCGGAAGAUAGUUUAAGAAAAAUGGCCAUAAUAACUACUCAUCUACAGUACCAGCAAGAAGCAAUUCAAAAGAAGCAGCACAACACGGAUCUCACCAUGAAUCUCCUCUUGCUUGGUGCCCAGCGUGGAGCGCUCAUCAAACCUUCAGGACCAGCUGAGUCACUUGCUGAAAUGAGGGGGAGCUGAAGGCUUGAGGAAAUCUCGACCAGCACUGAGGGAGUGAAGUGUUCUCCCCCUUCCAGCCCCUGGGGCUCAGAACUAUGUCUGGAUGAUGCUGGAUUUCAGCUGGGAGAUGUGCAGAGUCUGUGCUUCUGGGCACGUGGCCCCUCUCAUCUGCCUGCAUCCACACCUCUGCUCCAGAAUGUUCAUCUGCACCUGGCUGAAACAAACUUCCCUGAAACUUUGCUCCUCCCAAUAAUUCCUGUGUCUGCUUACUUCCCGUGUAGCGUGAAGUGCUCAGCCCACCCCAGCACCCUUGGCAAGAAAUGCAGAGUUGAGGCAUGGCCUUUAAAUGCAGGUGCCUGCAGUUUGCCACUGGUCUGUAUUUAGCCACAGAGGUGGCACAGAGUGCAGUUUAUUUAGGGCAUUUUAAUCAGUGUGAGCUGCAAGUGCCUGGGCGGGUGAGAUGUGCUUCAGUGUAGGCUGAGGUGCCAGUCCCAGCACAGAAUUUCUGAAACCAGGAAUCUAAGCACACUUAUCUGCCAGUGGCCUAGCUGGAUGUGGUUUGGCCAUCAUCUUCCUCAGAGGUUAUCUUAUUUUCCUCUCUGCCAGAGUUUGGAACAUCAUCCCUUUGCCAGCCCAUAUGUGCUGCAUUCAGCCUUCAACUGCAUUCCUUCUCCUGGGCUGCUGCUCCAGCUUUUGAUGAAGCAGCCUUGGCUGUGAUGUGUGUUUGUAUCUGGUUGGGAGGGUAUCCAAAGGCCCAUCUGGGAAUCAGGCAAGAGAGCAUCAGGAGCUGGUGUGCUCAGUUCUACACUGCUCUGCUGAAGACUAGUGAGACCAGUCACAUCCAGGACCAGCUAUAAAUACUGUGUCUUGUUUUUGGUAAGUCACUUAUCUGGAGCACUUGGAGUGCACGGGAAGCACUUGUUUCCCUGAGUGUGCUUUUCACCAGCUGAUAAAAGCAGGCAGGCUGAGAGCUGACACAGGCCUGCCACAUUGCUGUUGGAAUGCUGCUGGAGUCUGGCUCCUGUGCUGUAGAGCCUUCUCAGACUAGAUUUCACCAUCCCUGUCAGUAUUUUUGCCUUGGGUGACGUUCUGAGCCCAGCUUUGCAGGUGCACUUUGAGAAUGAGAGUUUUCCCUGAGACUUUCUUGCUGGGAAUAAAAGCUGUCCUGAACACCACCAA